AUGAAGCCAUCCCUCCUCCUCCCCUUCGUGACCCUGGCCUCGGCCAUCUGCCACCACCGCACAUCGCUCUACCGCCGGAGCCACGGCGGCAUCGCGCCCCGCGGCGAGGACGGCCAAGUCGAGGUUGCAAAGUUCGGCUACGACGACCUCACGGGUCCCCUCAACUGGCACGGCCACAACAACCAGUCGUCCAAGUGCGCCACGGGUGCCUGGCAGAGCCCCAUCAACCUCAACGACACCUCGGCGACGCUCGUCGCCGGCACGAGCUUGGCCUUUGAUGUGCCUAACCUGCUUCACGGCGCCGCCUUUGAGAAUCUGGGCAGUACGCUCGAGGUCGUGGCUGAGAAUGGCACGCUGAUGAGGCGAGGGCGCAAGUUUCAUUUGAGGCAGUUCCAUUUCCAUACGCCUAGUGAGCAUAGGGUUGAUAGCGAGUACUUCCCCAUGGAGGUUCAUUUUGUUUUCGAGGCCGAUGAACAGCAGCUGAAGAACUCCACCGGCCCCAGCAACUCCGUCGUGGGGUUCCUCAUCGAAGUCGACAACAGCGCACCCUCGCCCUUCCUAGCCAACGUCUUUGCCCACCUCGACGAGGUCGAGGAACCGGGCUCGCACGCCGAGACCGAAGAGCUGGACUUUGGCGAGCUGAGGCGCCUCCUGGAGGGGUCGGACGUCUACCAGUACGACGGCUCCCUCACGACGCCGCCGUGCACCGAGGGCAUCGCGUGGAACGUCGUGGCGGAGCCGCUGAGGGUCGACGACGUCACGUACCGCGCCGCCAAGAAGGUGAUGAAGUUCAACUCGCGGUAUACGCAGAACGUGCCCGGGCAGAGGAACUUGUUGGAGAACUCGAGGGUUAUGCUCAAUGCCGUGUCCCCGUGAAAGAGGGUAUUGGCCCGGAGGGAGUGUAGCUAGCUACUGGCUACAACUAGAGUAAGAGGGGUAGGCGAAAUUUAGAGAUGUGGAGGAAGCAACGAUAUUUGGGGUGCGUGUGGGCUGUUCCAUCUGGUUGUGCGUAUUUCUCGGGGUUGGGUGGCUCACGAUGUGGAUCUUACGGAGACGGAGUUUUGGCUCAAUUGGCGUUUAUGACGGGUGCUUCUACG